AUGGCCAAAACAAAAGCCGUGGCUGCACCAGCAGCCAGGGUCAGAGGUAAAACCAAGCCUGAGAAAGUGCAGAAGGGGAUCUUGAAGAAGAAGCCAGAGAAGGAGCCAAAGAAGGGGAAAGGCAGCAAAGAUCCCAAGAGUUCGAAGGCACCAAAGAGAAAGGACAAGAAGGAGAAGGAAGAAAGAAAGAAGGAUACCACGGCUUCCAAGAGGAAGAUCAAGUUUGCAGAGGAUGAGAUGGAGAAGAAGCCAAAGCGAGAGGAGAAAAACAAAAAGGACGGCAAGAGCCCGACAAGUACCAGAGCUGAGAAGCCCAAGGAGAAGAAGCAGAAAUCUGAGGACAAGGGUGGUGCAAAGUCUACAAGACCAGACACAGGCAAGGCAGAUGCAAGUCAGAAGGCGAAAGUUGAGAAGCAGGACAAGGCGAAGGACAAGAAGGACAAGAAGGAAAAAAAGGAAAAGAAGGACAAGAAGGACUCGGGACCUUCUGAAUGUACUGAACUUGUUCUGGCCACACCUCUGAGCAAGAACAGAGGCUUGGAGUCACAGUCCAGUGACUUGUUCAGCCUGAGCGGAGGAACACCGGCCCUCCUGCAGGACGACCUUUCGGACAUCGAGGCAGCUACGAAAGAAGCCAAAGCAAAAGGUAUCUCACUUGCAGACCACAUGAGAGAAGUGUCCGAAGCUGCUGUUGAACAGCACAUGCUCGAGAUUGUGGCAGGCGAUGGAGACAGAGAUAGUGAUUCCUCAACUGACACGUCUUCAGAAGAGAGUUCCAGUGAGGAGGAUGAGGCAGAGACAAACACAGAGGAGGGCAAGGUUGCUGCCAGCCUAGCCACGGGUUCCCAGGCGAUUGAGGCGUCCACCGCCCAGAUCCAGAAGGCCAACAGUAAGACACAUCACAAAGAGUGGUGCAAGUUCAGCAGACAGUGCAUGGACAAGGCCAAGUUCCCUGCAUCGCUUGCCACAUACUACCUUCAAUCGAAAACAGACUUGUUUCAGGAGUGGAUCAAUUGCGCCGAAGAUUGGUCCAAGGUGGAAUUGAACUAUGAGCGACGAGUGACCGACAAGAGACAGUUCAAGAAAUCCAGAAAGGGAAUGAAACCUCGUGAUAUCAUCAAACAAUAUGGGCAGCAGAAAGGCGAAGCGCUGAUUGCCAAGCUGAAGGAGCGCAACAUGUAUGAGGAAGAUGAAGAUUUCCCAAAGGACGAGGAAUAUUGGUACUAUGUUGGCCAGGGAGGUGAAGUGUCGAGGAAGACUGGGGUUGACGAGGCAACAAGUGUGAGAGUCAACGACCGGGAGCCAAACAAAGAAAUGGUUCUUGCCUUGACAUCGGAGGGGGCACCCUUGGGUCCUGGAGCCAUGCCUAGGAUUGGGAGGACAAACGAAGCAGGUGAAAAGGCGGUGGUGGAGGCUUUGACAAGUGAAGCCGCAACGAAGGCAAAAAAAGCAAAGGCCAAAAAGGAAGAGAAGGGCAGCAAAGAGACCGAGGUGAUGCUUCCAAAGACCCCCAAGGAGGAAGCACAGGCACUGAGCGCAGAUGUGCUGAAGUCAGCAACUGAGGCACGCAAGUAUGCCUUAGCCCUCAAACACUUAAACUACUCAGGAGAACUCGUGCGCAGCCUGAUGGACUUUAGUUCCAAAAUGGAGAACGCUUAUGACAAAAUCACCAAGUACUCAAGGUCCGACAAUGUGGGUGACAAGGAAUGGACGGACAUCAUCAAGUUCAUCCAAGGCCAGCAGAAGUGGUACGAGCAAGCCGAGGCCUGCCCCCAUUAUCACCAUCCAGUGGUUUGGGGAAAGCUUGAUUGCUAG